AUGCUGCAUGUUUGUCGCAACGUAAGGACCAGCCAUUCGCGAUGUUGGCACGCGGCCAGCAUAUCCGUGCGUCGGCGCAACCUUCUCACUCUCGCGAUUGAAACGUCCUGUGAUGACACCUGCGUCUCCAUCCUUUCGACCACCAACAGACACAAUAGCGCGUCGGCAGACCUGCUCUUCGAUGAGAAGAUAACGGCCAAGAACACGGGUAAAGGUGGCAUCCUCCCCACGGAGUCUCUCCAGAGUCACCAAUCCAACCUGUCGACGCUGGUCGAGUCAGCGUUACCACACCUCCCGACCGCAUUAGACCCAGUCGGCCCGAGGACGAUAUGGCUGCGAGACGGCAAUCCCGUGCAGAAGCCGGACUUCAUAUCAGUGACGCGGGGACCAGGCAUGUCAGCAAAUCUGGGACUAGGCCUAGCUACAGCAAAGGGACUGGCGACGGCGUGGCAGAUCCCCAUGGUUGGGGUGCAUCACAUGCAGGCUCACGCACUGACACCAAGGCUCGUGAAUGCUAUGGGCAAAGACGGACAACACGACGAUGAUGGUCACAGCCCGAAUUUCCCGUUCCUGACACUGUUGGUUAGUGGCGGUCAUACAAUGCUCUUGCACUCCAAAGGGCUGGUGGACCACGAAAUUCUAGCCACCACUAUGGAUACUGCAGUUGGGGACGAACUGGACAAGUGUGGGCGGUUACUUCUGCCCAAGGAGGUGCAGGCAGGUACGCCAGACACGGCAUUUGGGAAGUACCUGUCUGCAUACGCGUUCAGAAGCCCCGAGGACUUCGCAUCCUGGAGGGUGCCUGCAACGCGUGCUGAAGAGAUCGACAAGCCGAGGAACGAGUUCGGAUGGAGACUGAGCACGCCAAUGGCUGAGAAUAGGGAGCUGACGUUCAGCUUCUCUGGCAUCGCGAGCCAAGUCAAACGCCUGAUUCUCGCGCGCAGCAACGCAGGAAGUAUGAACGAGAUGGAACGGCUUUUGCUGGCUCGGUCAGCGCUCGGCGCGGCAUUCGAGCAUCUGGGCUCUCGGACGGUUAUCGCGCUGGAGAAGCUCCGCGCUGAAGGCAUACAGAUUGACCACCUUGUCGUGAGUGGAGGGGUCGCCGCCAACAGUUUCCUACGGUAUUACCUGCGCGAGCUGCUCGAUCGACGAUCUUUCGGGAAGACGCAGCUGGUUUUUCCACCGGUCGAAUUUUGCACAGAUAACGCGGCGAUGAUCGCGUGGGCCGGGUUUGAGAUGUUUGGUGCUGGGUAUUCUACGGAUCUUGGAUGUGCGCCUCUGCGGAAAUGGAGCAUGGACAGUCACCAGCCAGGAGGAGGCAUUCUCGGCAUUGGAGAAUGGAUCCGGCCAGGUACACAAUAA